AAUUCAUUUCUAUUGUAUUUUUCAUGAAAAUCCAAAUAGAACUUGGUGAUAGUAUAUUGGAGCAUCCGAAGCAGCCAACUAGCACCACAGACUGUCCAGGAGCUCACUGAUGCCCUGAUCGAAGUCUGACAGGAGAUUCCCCAGGACACCACUUUGAUUUUCAAGGAAAGGUGACUAUGAGGACUGAGACAGGGCCUGGGACUGAGGUGACACCCCAACAUAAGGGUACUGAAGUUACCAUUCCAGAGUCAGACUCAGAUGGUAAAAUGGCGAAAGAGGAUAUUAAGCCUCAUGAUGACUCUGGAGAUGUACAUGAUGCAUCAGACAGAACAACGUCCAACAAGAGCCCAAGAUCCCCUCAGAAAGGCUCCAAACGCUCCAAGACUGUUCCCUUUAAAGUCACACUUUUGGACAGUUCUAUUUAUGAAGAGAACAUUGAGAAACAGUGUAAGGGGCAGGUUCUCCUGGACCUGGUGUGUGAACAUCUAAACUUGUUGGAAAAGGACUAUUUCGGCUUGACCUUCAGUGAUUCUGACAGCCAAAAGAACUGGUUGGACCUGUCCAAAGAGAUCAAGAAACAGAUGAGAACAUCUUCUUGGCAAUUUAAUUUUGCUGUCAAGUUUUAUCCACCGGACCCCUCCCAGUUAAUGGAAGACAUUACAAGGUACUACCUGUGUUUGCAGCUGCGAAAUGACAUCCUCUCUGGCCGUCUGCCCUGUUCCUUUGUCACACAUGCUUUGCUGGGUUCCUACACCGUGCAGGCAGAACUGGGAGACUUUGACCAAGAUGACCAUGGCUCCGACUACGUUAGUGACUUCCACUUUGCCCCCAACCAAACUCAUGAACUGGAGGCAAGGGUGAUGGAACUACAUAGAACUUACAGGGGAAUGACACCUGCUGAGGCGGAAAUUAAUUUCUUGGAAAGUGCAAAGAAACUCUCCAUGUAUGGUGUUGACCUGCAUCAUGCUAAGGAUUCAGAAGAGAUUGACAUAAUGCUGGGUGUGUGUGCCAAUGGUCUAUUGAUUUACCGUGACAGGCUGAGAAUCAAUCGUUUUGCCUGGCCAAAGAUCCUCAAGAUCUCCUACAAAAGGAGUAAUUUCUACAUCAAAAUCCGCCCUGGAGAGUAUGAGCAAUUUGAGAGCACCAUUGGCUUCAAGCUUUCUAAUCACAGAGCCGCCAAGAGGCUAUGGAAGGUUUGCAUUGAACACCACACCUUUUUCAGGCUAGUGUCCCCUGAGCCACCACCAAAGGGCUUUCUGGUGAUGGGUUCAAAGUUCAGAUACAGUGGAAGGACCCAGGCCCAGACACGGCAGGCCAGCGCUCUGAUCGAUCGGCCCGCUCCCCACUUUGAACGGUCCACUAGCAAGAGAUACCUUCUUUCUCGCAGUCUAGAUGGAGAAUUUUGUCAACCGGUAUCCACACUGGGAGAAAUUCAUGAUGGUCUGUCUCAGAAGAGUGAGAGUGAGCAGCCACAGUUUCUUUCUGGAGAUGAAGCUGAUGCCGACCUCAGUCUGGAUCAAGACCAGGAACAGGAUCAAGAGCAUAGUAACAGUGAAGAGACUGUUACGACACCUACAAGAAAAAAGGACAUUAAGAAGGAGUCAACCCCUCUACACAAACAGGAGUUUCUAGACAAAUCAGAGGAUGUUCUCUUGAAGCAUCAAGCCAGCAUCAAUGAGCUGAAGAGGGCCCUGAGGGAGCCCAACAGUAAACUGAUGAACCGGGAAAAACGUCUGUCAGGGACGUCCCCAGGCGGCUCUCCAGAGAAGAAAGCAGGCUCUGAAGAACGGGUGUUGCUUGACUAUGAAAUGGAGGAGAAAGGAGAGUACAAAGCUAGUACACCUCCACCUUCUCUGGUCAUUGAUCCCCUUCGAAAGGAGGAGACAGAAAAACAACAGGAAAUUACCAAGAUGACACACAUUGACCUAAUGAGAGAGGACAGCGAUGAAACACAAUUGCACAUGAAGACUUUUGCAUCCUCAAAAAUAACACUAAUGGACAAGUCAGGUGAAUCUAAGGAAAAUAUCAUCACAGGGGAAGAUGCCACAACUAAGAUUAAAUCUAAAUUGUCUCAUGAAAUAUCAAAAAAAGAGCCUACACCACUUGCUGAGUCUCAGCCUAACAACAAGAUUACCACUACAGACAUCAUGGCGGAGAGUUCUCAACGUAAAGUCAGAAGGGAAAAAAGACCUCAAAGCUUAAACUUGGGGAAGUCAAGGGACUUUGUGUAUGAGACAGAAGCCAAAGGUUCAAACAUCACACACGAUAGUGUAGAGUCUGAUGAGGACAACAAUACUGAACUUAUAAAGGAGAUUGUGAUCUGUCAUCCUGAAAAUUUCAGCACAACAACAGACACAUGGACAUCAUCCAUGGCUGAAAAGCUAAAUCAGCCAGCCACAAAUACAUAUGCUGCAACACCGCUUAAAGAAAAUAAAGAGUUUGACAGAGUAAUGGGAAAAGACUUGCAGGUUCCCAAUCAGGGAGCAAGAAAGAUGCAUGAAAGUUUGCAUGAUUCAGGAAAGUCUGAUGAUGCAAGAAAAUUUGUAGAAUGUCAAGAGCAGCUAUCCAACGAAGAGAAGAUUAUGAACACUGAAGGCAAACAAGAAAACCAAGAUUCAUUCAGUGGCCCUGGCAAAGAUGAGCAGAAAAGUGUCAAGACUGAUAUCAGAUUUGAAGUCAUGAAAGUCAUCAUGAUUGAUAAUAGCGAGAAUGAAGCGAAAUCUGGAAAAGCAAAGAAGAAAGAAACAGAAGAUUUGGGUCUUGAAAAGAAGAUAAGCAAUUUUGAACUGGAAGAAUCUGCAGAAAUCCAACUGGCCAUGGAACUGAGAAAAACUAGCCAGAGUGUUACUGGACAUGUAAGAACAGAUAUAACAAGAAUUGUUCCAUUAAAACCUGAGAGAGUGAGGAGCCAAGGCUACAAAGAUGACCUAGAUAUUGGACAAGGCUCUGAACUAAUGAAAAUAAAUUUUAAAAGAUACAGUAUGAAUGAAUCUUUUGUGAGACACUUUGACCCCUGUAAGUUCGAGAGCAGGGACACUAGCUAUUUCCAUGCAAACUGCACCACAAGUCUAGUGAAAGGAAAUACAAGUCAGGAAUUAUCUUUAGCUAUCAAGGACAUCUGUGUGUGCUCAGAGCAUCAAGCGAUAAAGAGUCUUGAGAGUUCACCAAAAGAAAGGGGCAUACGGAAUGAAGACACUACAAAACACACCAGCAGAAUAGUCCACAGAGAUCUUCUGCAUACUGAUGAGAGAAUUUCUGAACUUCACUUCUCCAGACAGACAGUUAACCAAAAAAAUGCCCCUCCAACACCUCCAGUCAAAACAAAGAAAGCAAGAGAAUCAGGUCUCUUUCUGCGCAAUAGUCACAUUUUCAGCAAAGACCCAACUCUUGAAGCCAUCAAAAAGAACCUUCUGGAGCCUCUGUCCACUGCUUCUACUCUUGAAGACACACAAUAUGAUGUUAAGCAGCAAUCUCACUCUGCCCUGGAGGACGACUAUAAUUGUGAGUUUGCUGGCUUGAAGGACACCUACCUGGCCAUUGAGAGGAAAUGUUCAAGUAUGACUGUCAGCUCCACUUCAAGCCUGGAAGCUGAGGUGGAUUUCACUGUCAUUAUGGACUUACACAGUGAUGUGGAGGAAUUUUCUAGAGGCAUGACUGAGCUGGUUGAGAAGGACAAAUUAGAGCUGGGCAGGGAGAGUUUUGACAACACUCCCAGGUCUCACUCCACCUGUCACAUGAAUUUGCAAGAUGUAUCACCUGGAAGAGAACAUCUCCUUGAAGGUCGUGGUCACCAAGAUAUAGAACCUCCCUCUGUUGCCAAGAAAGACCCCAGUGCAGUGAAUGCAGCCCAGAUGUUGAAAAAAGGAGCAGUUCAAAUGGAACUGCAUUCUAAUGGCUCUGAGGCUCCUGUCAAAGACAUCUCUGAUCAUAAACUGGAAGAGAGCACAGUUAAGGAGGCAAAAGAGAAUGAGUCCCCUGUAAGGUCAAAGCGUCUGGAAAGACACUUUGUUGCUUCUCCGGUCACCGUCACUACGGAAAACAUUACCUCAGCAACCACGACUCAAGUGACCAAGACAGUGAAAGGAGGUUAUGCAGAGACCAGGAUUGAAAAAAGGAUCAUCAUAACAGGAGAUGAUGAUGUGGAUCAACAUCAGGCUCUCGCCAUGGCAAUACGGGAGGCCAAACAACAGCACCCUGAUAUGCUGGUGACUAAGGCCAUAGUGGUCAGGGAAACAGACUCUUCAUAUGAAGAGAAACAUCGAACAUAUGAGUCUUGAUCAAUAGAAGGUGCUGUUUGGAACAUGGAGAGAAGAUCAGCUCUGGUUCUAUGUAUUUCAGUUGAAAGGAGUUGUGCUACUUAUGCUACUGAACAGUUUGCUCAAAACAAAUCACCCAUGCACCCAGUCCUCUGCCAUCACACUCUAAUCUGUCCAUUUUAAUGACAAUCUCCCAUCAUCUGGUGUCUUUACAAUGUUCUGUACCAUUCUGAAUACUUUCACCAUAUCAACAGUAGUCUGAACUAUCUUCAGUCUUGUAUAAAUGUCAGUAGUUUAACAUUUAAUUUAGAGGGGAUUU